UUCAGGUAUAGGUACCUGGUAUUGAAUGUAUUUAUUGGUUGAAUUUCACAUCCUAUUAUUACAUAGUCAGCAGAAGAAAUCGUUUUGAAACCGGUUUUAAACGAGUACUGAACCUGUUGAAUACAAAAGACUGAGUAGGCGUUAGGCAGAUAAAUAGAACGCUUUUUAUGAAAAACUCUUAGUUCUCUUCUAAUAGUGAAAGUGAUCAAACAAAAUAUAAAAAUUUCAAAAUGAAUCCCGAAAUCGCGUGCACUAUGUGUUCAGAGUUUGUUAAAUUAACAGAGUUCGCCUCUCACUACGACAGUUGCGUAGGACCGCGGAUUCCGAUUGAGUGCAAUCUAUGCUAUAAAUCCUUAGAGGGAACAGAGAUCGACUCUCAUUAUGAGAGUUGCUUAGGUCCCCAGAAAAAAGUUGAGUGCGAUCUAUGUUUGAAUUUCCUCGACUUAGCAGAGCUAGACUCUCAUUAUGAGUCAACUUCAAGAUCUUCAAAACGGCCUAGAAUGAAUGCACCAGCGGAAAACAUUGACUGUGCAAUAUGCGGUGAGAGUUACACUCCCUCGAAGGAAAAGCGCCAUAUUAUGUCUGAAAAGCAUAAGAAUGCCGCUGCAGACCAAAUACAUAACAAUCCUAAUAUUAUCAACCUGGCAUCAAACUCGAAAUUUCCCAUAAAAUCAUAUCGGGUUCAAUCCAGUAAAAGUAAUCGGAUUGACUUAAAAGAUUUUUAUAAUGAUUGUAAAAAUGAUAUAAUCAAUUUACUUAAUUGUUGUUUGAGCGAGUACAGAGCCGUAAAGUUCAAUUUAAAAGUAUAUGGUCUGUAUGUCAAGCAAACUGAUGAUGAAACCUUGACAGAAACAAUGAAGCAUUUCAUAACUUCAUACAAACCCAUAUAUGAGCAAGAGUUCAUUGAUGAACACUUAAAUAACGCUCUGGAAAACCUUAUAACUUUAAGCAGCGAAUUCCAGGAGAAGGAUUCAGGUUGGGCUAUAAAAAAUUUUAAAUAUUUUGAGUUAACAAUAAUUAAACUGGAACACAUCCCUGCAAGGGGGUAUAUAGAAGCUCCUAAAAAAAUAAAAUCACGAAAUGCUAUCAUCAAUGUUAAAAAUGUAGAUGAUUUUUGUUUCAAGUGGUGUAUUUUAGCAUCAUUAGCAUAUAAAAGACAUGCAGAAACUACAUUUACAAGAUCAGUUGAAAAAAGGUUGGCUCGAGACAAAUUAGCAAUCCCAUCAAGCUAUCGCAUUUUAAACAUAAACCAGGAAAUAAUUCAUUAUAACGGUUUUAGACUCGAUUUUUCUGAGAUUGAGUUUCCAAUAACAAGCAAAGGAAUAAAGCGAUUCGAAAAAGCCAAUGAGGAUUUCAGCAUCAAUAUAUAUGAAAUUGAUGAUAAUGGUAAAAACGUUGUGGGACCCACAGUGAGGACUAAUAAAAUUCGUCCUAAUCAUAUAAACUUGCUAGGCAUCAAUAGUGAUAUGCAAAUGAUGCAUUAUGCCUAUAUAACGUGCAUGAAGAAGUUAUGCUAUUCCCAACAUAGUAAAUCUCAUAGUGCAGCAUAUUUUUGCGAUAACUGUUUGCAAUUUUAUAGUACUACAAAUACUAUUCACGACACUAAGGAGUGUGGAAAAGUUGCGGCUCUAUAUCCAGAACCCAAUACUAAAACCAUAUUUAAAAGUUGGUCGAAAAAACUUUCACCCCCAGUCGUAAUUUAUGCUGACAUCGAAGCUGUUUUGGAAAAUUUCCAUAGAAAUCUUAAUGAUCCCUCCAAAUCAUCGACUACUAUGGCGCAGAGGCAUACAGCAUGUGCAGUUUCAUUUUAUGUUGCACAUAAAUACAAUCCUCAUCUAAAUGAGAUGUGGACAUAUGAAGGACCUGAUUGUAUUGAAAAAUUCUGUCAAGUGCUUAGGGCUAAAACUGAUGGCCUUUAUGAGAAGUACUGGAAAUCUAGUAAAAAGCCCAUAUAUGAAUUCAAUAUUUGGGAUGAAGACUGUCAGGAACACGAAGCGUGCUGUGCCUGCGAUGAGCAAAUUUUGGUUGAUGAUCGUGAAAAAUACUUCAAUCAAUUCACGGGCCAAUAUGUAGGGCCUAUUCAUAAGGUCUGUAAGCAAACAUUUAGAUUAAGCGAUCCCUUUUUCCCUGUAGUGUGUCACAACUUGUCUCGAUAUGACAUCCACUUAUUUGUAACAUCGAUAAGAGAUGAAUUGAAACCCAUUCCUUGCAAUAAAGAGUUAUAUAUUGCGUUAACUCAAACUUGCAAGCUUGAUUCACAUCUUCAUCAAUAUAAAAUAAGAUACAUAGAUUCAAAUAGAUUUUUAAAUUCGAGCUUAGAAAAACUUGCUAGCUAUAUGGAUGUAUCCAAUUUCAAAAUAUUGAACAGCAAAUAUCAAAACGAAAAAUUUGACAUGCUACGAAGAAAAGGAGUAUUUCCCUAUGACUAUUUAGAUAGUUUUCAAAAAUUUGAGGAAUCCCAGCUCCCUUCAAGGGAAUAUUUUUAUAAUUCUCUGAAUGAUGAGGAAUGUAGCGUGGAAGAUUAUAACUUUGCUCAGAGCGUGUGGAGAAUGUUUAACUGUACUAGUAUUAGAGAUUACUUAAAAUUAUACUUGGAAAGCGAUGUUCUAAUUCUUGCCGAUGUAUUCGAAAAUUUUAGAACUCUUUGUUCACGAGUAUACAGACUAGAUCCCAUUAAUUAUGUUACUGCUCCUUCAGUUUCAUGGGAUGCAAUGCUUAAAUACACAAAGAUAGAAUUGGAACUUAUAAGUGAUCCUGAUAUUUAUAACUUUUUAAAAACUGCAGUCCGGGGAGGGUUGACUCAAUGUACCCAAAGGAUCGCUACAGCAAAUAACAAAUACUUAAAUGACAAAUUCAAGUCUAGCGAUCCUAUAAACUACCUGACAUAUAUUGACGCCAACAAUUUAUAUGGAUGGGCUAUGAGUCAACCACUUCCAUAUUCCAAUUUUAAAUUUCUAAGUAAUAAUGAAAUUUUAUCUUUCAACGCUCUUAAUAUAUCAGCCAGAGGUAAUAUAGGAUACAUAUUAGAAGUAGAUCUGAAAUAUCCUAAAAAUGUUCAUAAUAAACAUAAUAGUUUACCAUUCUGCCCCGAAAAUAAAAUUCCGCCAGGAGGAAAGCAGCCCAAAUUAAUAGCUGAUUUAUCAGAUAAAAAGAAUUAUAUAAUACAUUUAAAACAGCUGCAGUUAUGUAUAGAGCAAGGUAUGAUUGUAGAAAAAAUAUCUCGAAUACUAUCUUUUAAACAGUCCUGUUGGUUAAAGCCUUAUAUUGACCUAAAUACAACACUAAGAAAAUUAGCUGUAAAUGAGUUUGAGAUAAACUUUUUUAAAUUAAUGGUCAAUGCCGUAUACGGCAAAACGAUGGAAAAUGUAGAAAAGCGUCGUGAGGUUGCAUUAGUCAAAAAUUAUGAAUCCAGACAGAAUUCCGCAGGGUUUAGACAACGCAUAGCUAGACAUAAUUUUCACAGUGUUGAAGUCUUUGGAGAUAAUUUAGCUGCAAUUGAAUCAACUAAAUCAAAAAUUUAUUAUGAUAAACCCAUAUACAUUGGAGUUAGUGUAUUAGAACUUUCAAAAUGGUUAAUGUACGACUAUUUCUAUAAUUUCCAUUCUGUAAAAUGUCCAUCAUCAAAAAUACUUUAUAUGGAUACAGAUUCAUUUAUUAUAUCAUCAGAAGAAGAUUUUUAUGAACUAAUUAAAGACAAUCCUAGUCGCUUUGACACAUCAAACUAUCAAACCUCAAACAGAUUCGGUAUACAUCGUGCUAAUAACAAGGAACUAGGUUUAAUGAAAGACGAAAAUGCAGGUCGGAUAAUGACCUCUUUUGCAGGAUUAAAAGCAAAAGCAUACUCAUAUUUAGUUGCAAAAGAUGAUAGCUCUGACUUUGAUAACGUAAAAAAGGUUAAAGGAGUCAAAAAGUCAGUAGUGAAAAGAUUAUCGCAUGAUCAUUAUAUUGAAUGCAUUAAACAUAAAAAAACUUAUUAUGGUCAGCAGAGAGUUAUUCGAAGUAGAGGUCAUAAAAUAUAUACUGAAAUUGUAAAUAAGAUAAGUCUUAAUUAUAAGGAUGACAAGAGAUUUAUAUUGCCUGAUAAUAUUUCAACAUUAGCUCAUAAUCACUUUGAAAUUCAAAAUAUUUUAUAUUCUAGUAAUGAUACACAAAAUAUUGUAUAA